AUCUUCAUGAGGGCAUCCUGCAUACACCAGGUUAAUAUUUACUGAUGUGUUCAUGUAACAGUGACCUAUCUGCCUCUGCUCCUCUCUGGGAUACUUUCUAUCUAGAGGGAUGGGAAUUAAUGACAAGUCUUUUUUCUGUGCUGCCUGAUGUCAGAGCUGAGAAAGGUGUGAAGGGUAUAUAAGAGCCGUACUACUUGUCAGCAAGGAAAGGGGAAAAGGGAUACUGCAGAGCUAGAUGCAAGUGUGGAAUUGUCGCAUGCACCCUUCUUGCUCACACAGGUGUGCUUCUUCAGUUAGCUCCCUGACCACUAAAAGAAAGUUUGGAAGGAAAGAUGUGCAACCUACGGCUGUCGGUUUUCUUCAUUGCACUUUCUGUCACUCUGAGCUGUUUGGAAGCUACACCUAUUGAAAAAUUACUGUCUGUGGCUGGUGAUCUAUCUGACGGUACUUCCAAGAGACAAGGAUGGAUAUUGCCAGUAAUGUCACUGAAUACACUCUCAGGAUUAAGUGAGGAAAUGCCAGAACAACCAGCAGCAAAGACAAAAAGAAGCCACCAUGUGGAGAAACGGAAAUGCAACACGGCUACGUGUGUGACACAGCGCUUGGCUGACUUCUUGGUUCGUUCUGGCAGCAACAUCGGAGCCAUUUAUUCACCUACAAAUGUGGGAUCCAAUACAUAUGGAAAGAGGGACACAGUUGGGCUUUUAAACAGAGAACCCCAAAACAAUGCACAGCUUUAGGCUGUUAAAAUUACUACUGAUACAGUUUUCUUUAGAAGCUCAGUUUUUAAUGUAUCGACAACCUCUUGGUCAUUUAUUUCUUGUAGAGUCUUAACAGUGCCUUGUUUUCUGUGUGUGGGCACAUGAUUUAUGUCCAUCAUUUCACUAUGCAUGUACAAUGACAUGCAUAGGCUAUUGU